AUGCUCAAAUGCGACACCGGGUAUCUUCGAAACAGCUGCCGCUGGCAUCCGCCGUGGACUAAAAACUGCGAUCUCAGCGCCGUCCGCUAUGUGAUGAUGAUACCCAGCGAGCCCGGUUUUGCCAGCGAGGCGACGCUUUUCAACCGCAACCUCCAGGACGAGCGGGCUCCGCUCGCCAUCGUCAAGCCAUCGUCGCUCAGCCAGCUGCAGGCGGUUCUGGAGACGGCGCGUGCGUCUAAGCUUCGCGUGUCGGUGCGGAACGGCGGCCACAACCCAUCCGGUCGCGCGCUGUCAAAGGGCGGAGUGACAAUCGACCUCGGCCGGCACCGCGCCAUCCGCAUCGUGAGGAACGAUGCGUCCGGGCCGGUAGCCGAGGUGGGCGCCGGCGCGGUGUGGGGAGACGUGUACGAGGCGCUCGGGGGGAGCGGCCUCUACGCGGUCGGCGGAGGCUGUCCGAUGGUCGGCGUGGCGGGCCUCGUGAUGAACGGCGGCAUCGCCUUCACGUCUCGCAAGCGAGGCCUGGUCGGCGACUCAGUGCUGAGCUUCACGCUG